AUUAUAUUAAAGUAACUAUACUCUACUCUCUACUAGAUACUCUUUUUAUUGAGCCUGUUUUUUCGUAAAAUUUGAAAAUUUUAUAUUAUGAAAUCGAUAAGGUUAUUUUAUGGCAACAAGAUAUCAACAUAUAGUAUGGAGGUGUUUAUUAGAAUAGUAGUACAACAUUAUGGAUAUUCAUUAUUUUGAAUACACUAUCGGGACUUAAUGCGAUAAAAAAACCUUUAUAAGUAAAUGGUGCUUACGUACCUGUUUCUCUAUUACCGUAUUAAGUCCGAUAAUGUAUUUAAGAUAUGAAUAAACAACACGAAAAUUUAAAAUAAAUUUUCAUUAUGUAGUUACUUCGAAAAGGUAACAUGUAUUUCAAUUUUUAGGUUCCGUUGAUAUAAGCUCAGUACCAAGUCUUAUAACGUAGUUAUCAUUUGUCUUUUUUCUGGUUUAACAAACAAAAAUCAUUAAGUAUAAUGAUAAAUUUAAUAAGAACGAAACAAUGAUUCAGAAGACAUAAUAAUUAGUGGACUUGUGAAACUAGUUCUUUUUUUUUCUUAUAAAUCUUCCUUUAAAGUAAAUAUUUUAUUUAGGUAUGUUUUUGUUCUUAAUUUAGAUGCUAAGUAUUUUUUAUAAAAGUGUUUAAUUGAUUGAAUAUAGAAUGAAAGAAUGUUAGUUAGUAACUUAUACUUCUUGUAUGUAUUUAUUAUUCACGCUUACCAACUGAAUAAACCUUAACAAUGUCUUUAAAUUUAAAUUCGACCCAAAAUUCAAUACGAGAAUUGUAUAUAAUUUCAUUAAAACAGCAAUUAAGUGAAUAUGAGCUGUUGAAAUCUAUGUAUCCUAAUAAUGAUGACAUUAAACUUACUGAUAACAAUAUUCUCAAGGAUAUAAAUAGUUUUUUAGAAAAUAAAUUAGAAUAUGCACCUCCUCAUUUGGAUUUUACUUUGAAUCUUCUGUUGAAUAAUUUGAAAUUAGAAAUGUGCAUAAAUUUGCCAAGUUUAUACCCUGAAGAAGAACCUGAUAUAUAUAUAAGAUGCAAUCAGUUGAAUCGUCACCAGGAAACAAAUUUAAAUUUUAAACUUAUGGACUAUAUAAAAAAUAAUCAUUCAGGAGAAGUAUGUUUGUAUACUGCAAUAACUUGGUUACAAGAGAAUAUUGAAACAUUUUGUGAUAAAAAAGAAACUGAGACUGAUGAUAGUAGUAUACAGGAAUUAAAAAGUGUACAGCAGAAAUUUAUUAGACAAUGGAUAUAUUCCCAUCACAUUUACAAUAAAAAGAAAAGGGAAGAAAUAAUAAAAAAGGCCAGAGAAUUAAAAUUGACUGGUUUCUGUGUACCAGGAAAACCAGGGAUUAUUUGUAUUGAAGGAUCUGCUGCUGAUUGUAAAGAAUGGUGGAAAGAUAUUAAAUCAAUGAGUUGGAAAAAAAUCAUGGUAAGAAAAACAGAAACAUUUGAAUUAAAUGAACAAGGAAAAGAGCAGAAAUUUAAUUCAUUUGAUGAAAUACACUUUAAAAAUCCUUCAUCGCGGUUUAACAAACAUGCAGAUUUGAGUGGACUAUCAAAAUAUAUGGAACAGUGUGGUCUUAGCCAGGCGUUUCAUGAUGUUUUUGGACUAAAUGGUGAUAUUUAAUAAUAUAUUAGUAUAUAUGUUUAUAAAUAACUA